GAAAAAGACAUUGCGUGACACAUUGACGCGAGCAGCGUUGUGUAGACUCUUACCGAAAAUGGCAAAUAAACCAAUCAGAUUACAAGAUUAGUAGCAAUUGUGGUAAAAAGCAUAUUGGGGCACCUCUUCAUAGGUGUACAUAACACAUUGCCAAUUUGCAACUGCAAAUGCUGCAACUUUGAAUCGGUCUCAGUUUCAUUCUCUGUCACUCACUUUAUUACAUUCAAAUAAUGGCCGAGAUGUCUGUGACCAAACUUUCAUUUAAGCCUAUAAAUUUUCAAAAUUUAACACUUCUUCACAAGAAUUCUUACAUGUACAAUACAAAUAUAUCACAACUUAAGUUACAAAGUUUAUGCCACCCACAUGCAUGUAAUGUACCCCUUGCAUGGUUAGAACUUAUCAUCCUUGAUUAUCGAUUAAUAAAGUAGGUCAACAGCAACAAAAGUCAUCGAAUGAAAUCAGUCCUAAUCCAAUUUGAAGAAUGAGUUCCAAGAGUGGUUUGAUGUGCAAACAAAGUUCUUCCCAGGUUCCUUUGUACAAAAAUAUCUCUCACUGGAUGCAUAAAGUAACUUCUUCACCACGCAAAAUCGGUAAAAGUAUUUCUUUGAGCUGUAAAGAAUUCAUUGGUGUCAAUGAUGUUCGCCGUGAUCGUCUGGUUUUUCAAACAACUUUUCAAUUCCAAUGGCGAUGACAAAUGCUCCCACUCCCCACCAAAAUCCAGGAAGAAAAUUACGCAUGUUCGCCCGCUUGUUAAUAGCUGGAUGGUAUCUCCACGCCUCAAAUCGCGCCCAGGGAUCUUUUCGAACUCUCGCCUCCUUUCUUUGGGAAUCCAUUUCUCCAGAGAUCGUCGUGAAAAGGAAAGCUUCUACCACAAUUUAAGUUUACUUGCCUCUUCGUCAAGUUCCACUACAAACUGCUUAGGAACCAAGCCUGGCCGGGCCUUCUUGUUUGUCGCAAAGAGUUCUGGGAUACCUGCGAAACAUUUUGUCAACAGAAGUGGCGAGUAUGAGUUGAUAAGUUAAUAUUUGACCAGGUGAGUGUUCUAUAUCUGUGGAAUUAUCGACUGCCAAUGAUAUUUGCACUGAUGAAACGAGGUGGACCUUGCUCUGGCCUGUAAAGUACCACUGUAAACAGCACGACAAAAUUCAAUCCCAGUGGAGACAUGGGAGGGCAAGAAUCGACGAUGAAGAUAAGAGAUGACCAAGUGACGAAGUCUUUUGACGACAUCAGCAGGGCUUCAGGAUCCCUCAGCACCAGUUCCCCGCAGUUCACAUCCACCGACCACCUGUAUUCUGCGGCCUCGGCGCCAGAACUGAGGGUCAACCCCAUAAGACCGAAGGAAUUGCUAAGAAACCUGCGUAAGUACCAUCGGGAAAAAGUCCGUUUGCCAGCUAGCGACACCCAGUGGGCCAAGCAACUCGUUUACAGCCAAACUCAGAAACUGCUCGAGUUCUGCAAGAGAGAGACUGGGGUUGUGCGUAACAUGGAAUACACUGGCUGCAUGUACGAAAGACUGGAAACAAGAAAGAGCAAUGAGUUUGAAGUGAUGGUUGUCUUGAAGACGGGUGACGAAGAUGUUACAGUUGAAGAAGUCGUUCCAAAAUUGUACUCGAAGCUAAAGCUGGUAACAGGAGAAGCCGAUACGAAGCUUGUGAGGUUUACAGACACGUAUGAUUAUCUACGCCCGGAUAAGAUGCAAAACUGGCUUGACAAGCUAGCCCAAGCGUGGAUCGAAAGCACCAAGAGAUUCUCCGACGGAGCGAGAGUGCGGGCGCAUAAGAAUGGGUCAGCGGUCGAGAUGAUCAUCCGGGACACUAACAGGGGAGGCUCUGUAACCGCGCAGCUGAUUCCUUGCGUCAAAGGGGAAGACGACUCUGGAGUUAUGUAUUACUUUGUUCCAUGCGCCUUUCAAGAAUGCACAAAAUUCGAGCUGGGGAGUAACGCGGGGCGUUCGGUUUUAUGGCGGAGAACCUUCUCGCUGAGGGAAAGAGAGAUUCUGUCCACCCUAGAUCGUUCCGGUAAUGCCUGCCACACGGAAUGUCUGAAAAUUCUCAAGUUUUUUUUCAGCUCGGACAGAAAGCUGCGCGUCUUUCCCUUCUACUUGCUGAAAACCGCCUUUCUACAUUAUCGAAAUUUUAGCGAAGAGUGGCGUUCUGAUCAGCUUGGUGAGCGGUUCCUGGGAGCGUUGAGAUACGUUCAGGAGUGUGUUAAGAGAAAAGAUCUGCCACACUGUUUUGUACCGAGUGUUAAUCUUUUGAAAGGAUUGAGCAGCUCGUCCCUGAACGGCAUCGAGACGAGGCUACAGCAAGUACUUACCGAUGAAAAACAGCUCUUUUAUGCAAUUUCUGUAUAAUUUCCAGCUGGAACAUGUUAGGUAGCCCCCACACAUGCAUCAGUUAACUGGCCUAGUAUGAACAGUUUUGUUUCAGCAAAUCAACAAGUCAACUCUCCUGUUUUGCGCUGGCGUCCAGUUCUCUCGAUAUUCUAUCCGCGUGUUCAACGAUCGAAUAAAAAUACGAGAAAGUAGAGGGCUGGGAACAGUCUACAGCAAGACGGAGUUUAUGGAUCAGAGACUCCCCGUGGACGUGCUGUUGGGAAUCCUUGAGCGAUAGAAGGCCAGAAUGCUAACAUCUUGAAUUUGCGAACGGACUUUGGUGCGAUGAUCAGCGAGUUCACCGCUAAGUUCAAAAAUGUCUCUGAAGAGUCUCUCGGCCGGGAGCAAAUGCCGCGUCAAACUUGCCAGGAAAUGUUUUUUCACAAGUAUUUGAUAAUUCUUUUAUUUUAUAAACCAAGAGAUUAUAAUCAUCAUUUUCUCUUGAGAAACCAAAUUCUGGCCUCAUAAUGAUAAUGGUAGUGCACUUCACGGUAGCCUCAUAAAUGCACGAGGUAUUGCCUGUUAUCAUGCAGGGUCGCCAGAAGCAUAGUUUACUUCUGUUCACUGAGCUGAUGCAGAAUCUAAGUUUACUGCUUUCUGAUGGUGUGAUUUUUUUUUUAAUCAACAUGUAGAGGAAAGCAUAAAAAGUUAUGUAAGAUUUUUUGUGCGUGUUGCGCUUUGCCCAAAUGUGAAACAUUUCUUUGUUUGUUGACUAUUUUAAAGAGACUGGAAUGUCGACCGAAAUUUAAUGUUUUCCAUUCGCAACUAUUACCUGUAAAUAAGUGUAAAUACAAAACUUCAAUCCUAACAAUUUGAAUGGAACAGAUCUUUCUAAUUUUGAACGGUUUAUUUGUUACCGAAGGAUGUAAUCUUGUAUUAAUGUCUCAUAAAAUUGUCAGUUAUAGAUUAAUUUUGAGCAAAAUGUGUCUUGUGUGUCUCGUGUCACGGUGGUCCCUUCAAAUAAUAAUUAUCGUGCAAAUUUCCGGUAACUUUUCCACAAUAAUGGUAAGUUUCGUAAUAUAACGCAUAUAAUCAAGAGAGCAUGAAGGGUGAGAGACUUAAUGGCCCAUAUAUGGGCCAUCCCUCUCAAGUUAUUUUUAGAAAUGGUAACCAUGGUAACUAAAGACCCACGAACAUAUUCUGGAACAAAACCCGACUUUAUUGCAUCCUUACCGCUGCUUUCAGAAGGAAACGGCCUGAAACCUUGGUGACCCUAUAAUGACCUAAACUACGCGAUAUUAUAAGUGCUUGUGCGUCUAUUAAAGGAGCUCAGUCACGAUAUUUUGAGUUAUUUUGACCACGUACAAAAUUACAUUUAAAUUGAA